UUAGAGUGGGGGCUGGCGAGUGGAGAGAGGGUAGGUUUAGAGCUCGAGUGACGAGGAAAGAGCGGGUAGCAUAGAAAGAGAAGAAAGAGCGAGGGUGGAAGAGGAGUAAAGGGAAAAGUAGGGGAGCGAGCGUUUGAUCCCUGGUGCGUAGGAGAGGUUCCCCAUGGUGUCCGGAACUCGUUUGCCGAGCAUCGAGGUGGCGCCAAUGUAUCGAAAGCUGAAAGGCAUCGAUGCGUGUACCAGAGCGGUUAAGGGUUGCUUACCACCAUAGAAAAGUUCAGUCGGUGAUGCGACGCGUUUGCGAUUGGAGGAGGCAAAUUCGCGCGUGUUCACCGCGAAAACUGCGAGAACGCGGUGCUGUGUGUUGUUCGAUUUCCCUUCGAAUCGACCGCUUUCCUUCGUUCCACCCCCGAUUAACACAGGUAGACUCGAUCCAAUUUUUCCGAUUCUUUUCGACGUCUUCUCUGUACGAUCUUCUCCUCUACUUUCUCGCAUCUGUUGAAGACAAGGCGCGGCACAUGGAUAAGAGCGAUAAGGGUACAGUGACAGCUAGCGAUCGUUAACCACUCGAUUUUCUCGUUAAACGUCGCGUCGGCUCGACGUAGUCGUCGGGAUAUACGGAGUAACAGGUGGUUAAAUAGCGGAACUUGGCAGUGAUCGAGCGGCGAGAAUACUUUUCGUCUCGGCGGCGCGUCGUCGUCGUCGUCGUCGUCGUCGCUUUGUUUUGUCAUCCUCUGAAUCGCUGCUCGAUUCAUAGUUAACCCUUUACAACUGCGCAACCUUUUAACACGAUACGCGCAUUGUACGCUCAAUUUUCUCAGCUCGUUUCUUCGCUUCGCUUCCUCUCGAAAGAACUCGAUGAUCGUUUUCUCUUCAGCUUCGUUUGCGUUUGCGUUUUCGUCGAGAUUCGAACGAGAGGUUGGCAGGUCGCGAAAAGCAUUUUUCCUUGCCCUCGUAAAAUUUAUAGCCGCGUGCACAGCGACUAGGAACCUGUUGCUUGAACGUUCUUCGGCAUUGACCGAGCCGCAUCACGGCCAGGAACUCUCUUACCUUUGUUGUGCGCGUGCGUUUCGAUCGAUCGUCUCGCUCGUAAUUUGCUCUCGUGCCAAAAACUCCAACUUUUCGCCACCGAGGAAAGACGAAAAUAGUCUUUCCAAGGGACGCGUCGCUUCGUUGACUUCCUUCCCUUUACAAAGGACGCGGCGAGAGCUUGCUCUAUGUAGUAGUACCUCACGGUCAUCGAUUCGAGCCUUUCGUUGAUAAAGAAACGGAUGAUAGUCUGGUAGCAGUGAAAAAGCAGAGAGAGAAGAGAGACGGAAAGGGAGAAAGAGAAAUAGAGAGAGAGGAAAAGAACGUACAGUGAAAGGAAGGUAGGAAGACUUCGACGUGGUUCGAAGAAACCAAUUGGUCAGCUCUGUUUUUAGUGCUGGACGCGUCGCCGUGAUCGUUAUUAAUUAACAUUAAUGCGAUGAUUUGAAGGGAAAUGCUUGCGUGUGCCGGUGAGAUGCGCGCGCCGUAUGUCUAUCGACCUUCGCGAACGUCGUUGCCACGUGCGCGACCUGAUACGUCCCUGACUGCUUUUCGAGAUUUCUCGUUCGUUUCCGAAACAUCGAUAAUGUCGUACAGUAUGCCUCGAAGCGUACAAUUUGCAUCCGAUUUUCUAUUAAUCUGACAAUUGUAGCGCGUUCGAAGGUCGCUCUGGUAGGAAGGAUAAGGAGAGGGUGGCAGCGGCGCCGUUGGGGAUGGUGAUGUUGUGGAUGGAAAGGAUAACGGUGCCGAGCGAGACGACGUUGGCGUCGGUGUCGUGGACGCUGGUGGUGGUGCCGACCAGAGUGUAUAGCUAAGAUCGAUCCAAAACCCCUUCUUUCGACCGACCGACCGACCGACCGACCGACCGACCAACUGACCGAACCAAUUCACCCCUUUCUCGACGCACGAGCUCGCAUUUAUUUAUCGUUCGUCAUCGUUCGACCUCGUGAAAUGCUAAUUACUUUAUCGAAGAAUUCAAAGCGUCAAAUGACGAGCGUACAUCAGAUACGAGAUACGUUGACGGUGACGCUCGUCGAAAUGGCGUCGCGACGUUCCAUGCACGCGAUAGUCGUACACUCUCACGUUUUCUAACGUUCUCGCUGUCUAAAUUUUGGAAUUUGCAGGACGUUGCGUACAGGUGGAUAAAAUCCGAUCGUGAUACCAGGAAGCUGGUGGAUCUUAGCAAACUUUCGCGCAACUUUUUCCCUAUUGUUACGUUCCGUUCCGUUGCGUUUCGUUCUCGUUCGAAACGGACAUCGAUAAUCGCAUCGAGACGGGAACGCGGACGCGUUUCCACGGAAAUCGUGGCUAAAAACUGUCUAUCGGAACGAUAAAAUUAUGUGGGCUGCAGUUUCGAGAUCAUUGGAAAUACUGGUUGCCUUCUUCGAAUAUUACACCACCAGAGCGCAAUUGGAAACGACCGGUAGUCCGGCGAACAAGUCGGCGACAUCGACGGAUGGUAGCGGCGGUGCUGGCGGAAGCGGAAGCGCGAUUAGGGGGACGGCGGGUGGCGCCGGUGCAAGCGGAUCGGCGUCGGGCGCGAUCGGGAUCGCGGGCAGUAGCGGGUCCGGCUCGGCUUCCGCGUCCGGUUCCGGCGUGGGAAAUGCAAAUGCCGGAAUCGGUGCCUGUGCGAACGCGAUCUCUGCCAGCGGCGCCGGUGGGGUGGUCGCUGCAGGUGCCGAGCCUCGCACCCCGACCGCUGGGGCGCAAAACAAACAGCUGCAGAACGUAAAGGGCGAUCAUCCCUCGAAAGCGUUCAUGCAGAGCAGAUCCAUGUCGUUGGUCGACAUGUACAUCGACAAUUCGGAACCGAGCGAAAACGUCGGUCAAAUUCACUUCAGUCUGGAAUACGACUUUCAGAAUACUACGCUUAUCCUCCGUAUCAUACAGGGUAAAGAUUUGCCGGCCAAGGAUUUAUCCGGAACGUCGGACCCUUACGUUCGCGUCACUCUAUUGCCGGAUAAGAAGCAUCGGCUAGAAACGAAAAUCAAGAGGCGCACCCUUAAUCCUCGAUGGAACGAAACGUUUUACUUCGAAGGUUUCCCGAUACAGAAACUGCAAAGCAGGGUGCUGCAUUUACACGUGUUCGAUUACGAUCGGUUCUCGAGGGACGACUCGAUCGGAGAAAUGUUUCUUCCGCUUUGUCAGGUCGAUUUCUCGGAAAAGCCCUCGUUUUGGAAAGCUCUGAAACCGCCAGCAAAGGACAAGUGCGGGGAACUGUUGUGCUCGUUGUGCUACCACCCCAGCAACUCCAUCCUGACGCUGACGUUGCUGAAGGCGAGAAACCUGAAAGCGAAAGACAUCAAUGGAAAAUCAGAUCCGUACGUGAAGGUGUGGUUGCAAUUCGGCGACAAGAGGAUCGAGAAACGAAAGACCCCGAUAUUCAAGUGCACCCUGAACCCGGUGUUCAACGAGGUAUUCUCGUUCAAUGUUCCCUGGGAGAAGAUCCGCGAGUGCUCGUUGGACGUGAUGGUGAUGGACUUUGACAACAUCGGCCGUAACGAGCUGAUCGGACGGAUUCAGUUGGCUGGGAAAAACGGUAGCGGCGCGAGCGAGACGAAACACUGGCAAGACAUGAUCACGAAACCACGGCAAACCAUCGUACAGUGGCAUCGACUGAAGCCGGAGUAAAAGCUUCCGAUCGCGAGUAUCGGAAAUCGUCGAUCCAACCCAGACCAGUAGCCAUUCAGUUUCACAGUGUUCUCGAGUUUGACGCCGAGCAUCGAGGAUGGCUUCUCGAUAUCGCCGACCGUCUCGAUUCCCAUUUUCUUCUAACGAUUAGUCAAGAAUCGCGUCGAACGCGUCGAGAACCCGUGUAUUCAAUCUUGUUUCUUCUUCCUCUUACCUCCGUUUCUUUUUCCCCGCGAGUUUCUUUCGGAUCGGGGCGUACGAUCGAUCCCUUUGAUCGAUCUCUGAUUAUUCCUGACGCGACGAUACUACGCUAGCCAGCAAAUGUAUUUCCGUUUCUUCGUACGUUUCGUUAAAAAUUCUGCUAAUCGCUCUUCUCGCACGCCCCGUUCGUUCGUUUUCCCUUUCUUUUCCCAGUUUCCGCGCAACAACGACUCGCGUGGAAUCGCUUUGGUUUCGAGCGACCAAGACGCUCGAGCGCGGCUGGCCGGUCGGCCGAUCGACGUUACUUUCGAAACAUCAUUGACAUUUACAUCGAACGUUAUUUUUAUGACCGUUUUUGCACGAGUAACUUACGUACCGAGUACGUAAUACCGUUGCUUGGGAUACCUGUUGACGCGAUUCAGCGUUUUCCCCCGUUACCCGUUACCCGUUACCCGUUAUCCGUGUGUCGUCCGGUGUCUGACGAUUCCGUCGUUCGUUCUCGCGAAUGCGAACAAAGUCGCGGCAGAGUAUCGAUUGGCUCUCCUUUCUUUUCACUUCCUUCUCUUUGUCUUUCUUUCUUUCUUUCCCUCACCAACCCUCGUUGCACUUGUUCGAUUCCGUAGACGAUCCCCUUACCCUGUCCGUAUCCUUCGGUCUACGGUUUCAAAGAAUUCCUUUAACGAUUAUUCGUCGACAACGUUUCGACGAGCGAUCGGAACGGGACACCGGGGGCGUAAUGUUGAAUUAAUUCUUACUAGUAGAAGAAAAACAGCGACAAAAAGCAGCGAUAUUUUUGACGGAAUUUUUGUAUCGACAUAGUCGGAGAUCUUUUGAAAGCGAUGAAAAUUGUGAUCGGUGUUACACCUUGAAUUAAUCUUAAGCGUUACAUUCAAUAGUUUGCUGUUGUUGACGAUAACGUAGAACGAUCCACCGUGAUCGUAUUCAGACGACGAUUCGCAGAUUUUUGCAUAUAUGCGUAUACAUCACACGUGCAAAACAUACAUGAACAUACGGAUACAUAUAUAUAUAUAUAUAUAUACACACACACACAUUGGUGCUCGAGGUGUGCGUGUGCGUGUACAUGUAAGUUCGAAAUGAGAACAAGUCGGCACGCAAUUGGCAGAAGUUAACGAGACGUCUGCGUGCGUUCGCGCCUCGACAAUGACGCAGGAAUAUUUUUACCUUCUGUUCGACGAUUUAAUCAAGUUAUUCACUCGCGAAAGAAGUGGCGACAGCGCGUAUUAGAGCCACCCACCCUCGUCCGAUGUUGUUUGUCGCGUCGCGUUGCGUCGCGACGCGGCGAACCGUGCACGAGAAUCUUCAACACGAAACACACGCAACAUACACUGUUGAAAAUACAUCUGCACGUACACGCAUCGUAUAUGUGUGCACGUAAUUAUCGAGUAGCACAAAGAAAAAAGAAAAAACAAAAAACGUGUAGACUAACGUUUGUAUAUCGUAGCCUGUGUAUUAUAUACCGUUGUACUACGCGAAACUUUAAACGAAACCAGACGUUUCGAUUUCGCGUAAAUUCGAUUCAAACGAACGAAACGUCAUCGAAUCGAGUCGAUUAGAGUGACGAAGGAUAUCUGUGGGUAGAGUUAGAGUCGCGACCAAACGAUUCACGAUUGGAAUUCACGCGUUAGAUCCGCAUCGUGCGGUCGUCCGCGAAACGAUUGGAAUUAGAGGAACGACGAGGUUUAAGGAAAACAGAAAAUAGAAAAAAAGUGCCAAAACUUAAACGUAAACAGCGAAGAGAAACGAAACGAGAUUGUGACGAAACGAGACGAGAGGAGAAAGCACGUUUCUCCGUAUAAAAUACCGUGUAGUUAUUACGUACUAUGCAUAUCCGAUGGUGAUAAUCGAACGCCAGAGAUUCGUGAAGUUGUUCGAGCAACCGAUUCAUUCAACUACGAAGGUUUGGCGGUUUAACGCGUUCCGUCGCGUACAGCUGGAACGCGCGUUUAUUCUAAAGAGAAAACGAGAAAACGAGAAAACGAGAAAACGAGAAAACGAUAUAUAAAAAGAAAAAAAAGAAAAAAAGAUAAAACAACUCGUAGAGUCAAACGAUUCGUUGAGAUACGUAGUAGUGUGUAUACAGCUAAGUACGCGUUAGUUCGAACUGGAUGCGAAUUGGGCCUUAUACCAUGGAUUACCUCAAUCGUAAGCAGCUUGCGAGACAAGUUUCAGUCUGCGAUAACGAUAUAGCGAGCGUUAAGAUUUUAAUUAGGCGCGGGAACACUUUGCUGCUCUACGUUUACGAGCUUAGCGAGCCAACUCGUUUACCAAGUCCGAGUUACGGAUUCCGCCGAUCGGUCGAUCGUGUCUAAUCUUUCGCUCUCCUAUCUUCUCAUUCUUUCUCUUUCUCUUUCUCUAAAUCUCUUUCAUCGAAAACUUGGGAGAUGGCGAAGAGCGACGGAGAAGGGAGGAAAGCGGGUCGAGUCCAUCUGGUGAAUUCGACUCGGACGGAAACAAAUGAUAUAGUGAGAGAGAAGAAUUUAGGCAAGUUGGAACGCGUGUCGAACGGUGGAGAGAUAGAGGGCAGAAAACGUAGGAAAAUACAAUUAGUUAGAAAAUCUAGCCGACAUAAAGUGGUGCGGCGUUCGCUUACUGGAUACGCGAUAGAGCCGCUCGAACGAUUUGCCUGGAAAGGGAACAAAACAAAAAAGAAACAAAAAAGAAACAAAAAAGAAGAAAAAAAGAAAAAUGAUAAAAGGGUGCUUUUUUCUCAUGAUGUCGCGCGUUCAUACUGUAGGAAAACGGGAGGAAAAAUGGUAUGGUCGGGAGCCGGGAAAAGUGGUAGCAGGCGGGAAGGGAAAAGGAAAACGAAACAAGGUGGAACGAGAGGGUGAAGGAGGUGGAUGUGGAGGGUAGAGGGUGGAGAGAGGAGGGACGGUUCAGGGCGAUCGAUCGUUAGUUGGUUGGUUCGGUGGUACGUGUAAGUCGAGACAGCUCUGACGCGUAUCCGGCCCUCGUAGCCCGCAACACUAUAUAUUUUUUAGCUUCGUAUUGCAUACGCGUUCGUUAAAUUUGGAUGGUGCCGGGUGAAUGGAUCGAAUCUCAAUUCCACGUAUUCGCGAAUGUUGAACGAAAGGGAAAGAAAGCGGGCAAGCGUGCCAUUACGAAAGGUGGUCGCGUUUUCCGGCGGCAGCAACAGCGGUUGCUGGUUGCUGGUUGCUGGUUGCUGGUUCCUCGUUGUCGCGGAUCGUUACGAGAUCCGCGUACCAGCCCCGUCGCUCGCGACCGCUUCGACGCUCUAUCGUUUCCGUGUCGUAGUUAUUCCCUGUUGUAUCCCGAACCUCUUACCCCACCCCCUACCCUCUAGGUAGACCGCGAACAAACACCCUCCUUAUAUCCCCCUUUUCAUCCAUACCUAACCCGUCGAAGCGCAUCAAUUAACUCUUUGCCGCUUAGCCGUAAGCUCGAUAUCGCUGUGUGUUUCCUUCGAGAUAUCGUUUUACGUUUACGAACAAAUCGAACAGAUGCAUUUAUUAUUUCCAGAAUAUCGCUUGAUGCUCGAGAUACGUUGUAUAUCCGAAUAAAGAGAAUUUCGUUUCGAAAGCA